AGCUUACCGGUUAUUUAAUACUACGAAUAUCACAUUUGAUGCGUACGGUCAUAUUAUGGUUGAUAAAGUUUUAUUAAAAUCUAAAUUCCGUGGUAGCCUCUUUGGGGUACUGGUUGGAGACUGCUGCGGGGCCCCUUUUGAGGGCCAACUCAUGGACAGUGGUUCAAAACUGGUGUUAAAAAAUUAUUUAGAUAAAUUGGAGGGACCUUUUUUCAAAGCUCCGUAUAAAAAAUUUACUGAUGAUACAGCACUUACGAUAUGUGUCGCUGAUGCUCUGUUGGACUCGAAUGGUUUUUCUCAAAAGCAGCUAGCAAAGAACUUUGUUUUGGAAUAUUACAAAGACCCAAGACGUGGAUAUGGCGCUGCGGUCGUUGAUGUAUUUGCCAAACUACGUACAUCUAAAAUUGCGGAUCCAACCGGACCAGCAUACGCGCAGUUUGGUGGAAGUGGUUCCUACGGAAAUGGUGCUGCAAUGAGAGUAGCUCCAAUAGCUUUGUUUUGUGCAAACAGUGAUAAAACCCGUUUAACGCAUUUAGUACAGGAUGCAUCUUUAGUAACUCACACCAAUUUAUUGGGAAUCAACGGAGCUAUUUUGCAAGCUCUUGCUGUUCGUCAAUGUCUUCAACUCGAUCCUAAUUCAACACUGGACAAAAAGAAAUACCUUUCAGAGUUACGGGAAGAUAUAGUUGCUUUGGAAAAAAAGAACGACGCUGAGCUAGAUAAAGAUUAUAACGCUUAUGAAAGGCAACUCAACGUUGUUGAAUCAUUACUAGACGAAAAGGUUGAAUCUAGUGAUGAGAACGUUUUAAACAUGCUAGGACAUAGCGCUCAGGCGUUGUAUUCAGUUCCAACGGCUCUGUUUUGUUUCCUGAAAUGUACAUCUGGUUCUCUGAAGGACAGUAAUCAAAGUUCCUUUCGUAACACCUUGGAAUAUGCCAUUUCACUGGGAGGCGACACAGAUACGAUUGCAAGUAUGGCAUGCGCUUUAAGCGGAGCUUAUUUUGGAGAGUCAGUCGUUUCGGAAAACCUGCUAAAACAUUGUGAAGAUGCAGAUGGUAUCCAAAAUAUAGCAGAUAAAUUGUUCAAUUCAUUAGAAUAACGAUGUAAAUAUAUC